GUUGUCGGCCCGCGGCACGCACAGCCGCCGCAGCCGCCUCGCGCCUGUCUCGGGGUCGCAGCUCGCGCCGCAGCCUCCGCGCGCCCGUCGCCGCCUCAGCCGCCUCAGCCGCCUCAGCGCCGCGCUCCGUGGCUCGGCCCCCCUCGGGCUCCCCGGCUCCCGCCGCGCCGUCGACGCCCUUCCGCGCGCGCCCCCCCAGCCCCAAGGCCGCCCCGGUCUCCUCCCCCGGCCCGACCUCGCCCGCGAAGAUGGUGGACCGCGAGCAACUGGUGCAGAAAGCCCGGCUGGCCGAGCAGGCGGAGCGCUACGACGACAUGGCCGCGGCCAUGAAGAACGUGACAGAGCUGAAUGAGCCCCUGUCGAACGAAGAGAGAAACCUGCUCUCCGUGGCCUACAAGAACGUGGUAGGGGCGCGCCGCUCCUCCUGGCGGGUCAUCAGCAGCAUUGAGCAGAAGACGUCCGCCGAUGGCAAUGAGAAGAAAAUAGAGAUGGUGCGCGCCUACCGCGAGAAGAUCGAGAAGGAGCUGGAGGCCGUGUGUCAGGACGUGCUGGGCCUGCUGGAUAACUACCUGAUCAAGAACUGCAGCGAGACCCAGUACGAGAGCAAAGUGUUCUACCUGAAGAUGAAAGGGGACUAUUACCGCUACCUGGCCGAAGUGGCCACCGGAGAGAAGAGGGCGACCGUCGUGGAGUCCUCCGAGAAGGCCUACAGCGAGGCGCACGAGAUCAGCAAGGAGCACAUGCAGCCCACCCACCCCAUCCGCCUGGGCCUGGCGCUGAACUACUCCGUUUUCUACUACGAGAUCCAGAACGCCCCCGAGCAAGCCUGCCACCUAGCCAAGACGGCCUUCGACGACGCCAUCGCCGAGCUCGACACCCUGAACGAGGACUCCUACAAGGACUCCACGCUGAUCAUGCAGCUCCUGCGCGACAACCUGACGCUCUGGACAAGCGACCAGCAGGACGACGACGGCGGCGAGGGCAACAAUUAAGGGCCCCGCGGACUGGCGGCGCACGUUGAUGCUACUACUGCAGUCUUUCUUUUCUUUCCCAUGAGUGGGGGGCCGGGCGGGGGAGGGGGAGGGAGGGCUGACCUUCCCGGGGGGACCCACGACCUGUCCUGUCUUUGAUCGCCUCUUUGACAUUUUUGCCAAAAUGCCACUAGUGGAGAGUCAGGCUGGCUGUGCCGGUGUCGGAUUGGCAGCCGCCCACUGGCACACGGACUGUUCUGUAGACGAAUGCGAGUCGAGCUGUCUGUUCUUUAAUUUAACUUAUUGCUAGCGAGUAGGGUUUUAAGGUGGAAAGCGAAUCGGAAGCGGAAUGACCCUCGUUCAGUAAGUUCUGUGGUUCCAGUAAGGAUUGUUCUGUGCAUAUGCUCUUGUCUUAAGUUGUGGGUAUUUUUUCUAUCUCAUCUGUUUGAGCUGUGCAUUUCUCCUCCCCCCCACCCCCAGCCUCCCCCCAGGGUGUCCUCGCACCAGACAUGGAGUAGGUUAAGAUUCCCAGUCUGUUAGACUUGACCCCCAAGGCCUAGUGCUCCUUAGGGUCGGGGCCUCGCCAGUUCCUUCACAUCUCUGAUUAGGUGACAGUAUUAACACUAAAUUGCAGUUUACAGUAUUUCUACAUGACAGCCAUAUGUAACAUCAAGCCAUCGGCAGUGUCUUGCUUUCUCUCUGCUAGUUGUUUUGACUUGCCCAUCCUGUGCUCCUCUCCUUGGCCAGAAAGGCGUGCCUGGGUCACGUCCCAGCGCCUCGGUGUGGCUCCCACGGUGCUUGGCAGGUGGCUGUGGGCGUUUGUCCUUUCAUCCAUCACCAGAACUGCUCAUCACUUGGCUAGAAACGUUAAGCAACACGAACAUGGAGAAAAUUCAGGUCUGUCUGUCUGUCCUUCUUCGUGUUGAUGCUUCUCAGAGCGCGCCCUGAUUCAGAGGCCGGCGGGAUUCGGGUGCGAGACUCCCGCGGGGGAAAGGCCGAGACCGGGUCUGGCUGGGGCCUCGGGUGUGCGGCCGCAGGAAGGCAGCCUGAAACCCUUCUCGGAUAGGCGAGACUCGAGUCUGGUUUUACCCAAACUCUCCAGGUCCUCCUUCCCUUUGGACAGAAGCUCCGAGGCUGGCGGUUGGCCUCUGUCCUGUGUGCCCAGCACACGUUCUGGCAGCGAGGAAAGGGCAUUGCUGCUGAUGCCGUCCACCCGUUUCCAGUGUGCCCACAGCCUCUUCCAGCCUCUGGCUUCUGAGGGGGUUGGAGGUGGGGCCUGUUUCUUGCUUGGGGUCAGCAUUUUCUUGGAGAUUUAGAGCGCGAGCUGCCGACCCCGGGAAGGUAGUCUCUGUCGCUUUUAGGCACGGGGGAAGGAACGAGAGGGAGCAACUGACCGUUACUCCGGCUGAAACUGCGUGGCGCUUCUCGGGAGGGCGCGAACAGGUCUGGCAGGGUCCCAUGUGGGGCGGGGGGUGAGGGUGCACCAGGGGUUGGGUGCUGUCUAUCAGGACAGUGCGGGCCGAAGGUCAGGGAACCGCCCUACAGGUCUGUGCGGUUCAGGGGUCCCGGAGCCAGGGUGAUUGAGCGUGGGGGUGGGGGCGUGGGCAUGGCAGAGCUUCCCUUCCUUUAUCUUCAUGUCCGAUGAGCGCGGCAUCCGUCCAUUCUUGUGGCAUUUGGAAAUGAUUUACUGGAAUUACAAAACCUAUUUUUUUCCCUUCCCUUCAAAUUUCAGCUUUGGCUCUGGCUGCUUUUUAGAACAAACGUGAGGUAUAGUCAUAACCCGAGGGCUACAAUCGAUGCGGGAAGGGGGAGACAUGACGUCUGAGCAGCUUGAAUGGUUUCGUUUCUUUUCUUUAAUUUUAAAGAAAUGCACUUGCCUCUGAUAGUCUCCAGUGAAGCGAUUACUUCUCCAUUACUCUAUGAUACAAUAUUGUGCAUGCUCGUGUUGUAUUUCUAUACAGUAGCUUGAAAUUUAUUAACUUAUACUGUAGGUGUUAUGUAUUCCGAUGACAAAAAAAAAUUUAAGUCUUCAAAUUUUUUAAAAGUUUUUUUAAUUUAAUUUUUCCUUUUGGGGGUAAAGUUUGCUCUACCAAAUAGUGAUUGUAACAAAUUGAUCUGUUUUGGAUGUUGCUAUAGUGACAUGCAGUUAUAUAUUUUGUUUUUAAAGGGGUGGGGGGGAGCAAAAGAAACACCAGUGUUAGCUUAAUCUUAAUGUCUGGUGUUUGUCAUGGUGAAUUAUAACUAUCGCAGUGUAGGAGAACAAUGGCCAUGUUCUCUGAAUGAGCCUUUGUGCUUUUUUGUCCUGUUAUGCAGUGAACUCUUUUUAAGGUCUAAUCAGUGAUUAUUUUUUCAACUCCGUGUUUCUCUAAGGAAUUAUUUCACACACGGACCAUUCUUAGCAGUUUUCCUCAGUGAUGGAAUAUCAUGAAUGUGAGUCAUUAUGUAGCUGUCGUACAUUGAGCAAAUAAACUUACAGAUCUGA